GCGCGUGGCGUCGCGUCGCCAACGCUUGACGCGAAAUUCACACAGUUUUAUCUGUGAGGUUACGGCAGAACAGACGCGGCGCCUCUGGUCCCUCUCUGCCCCUCUCCCGCCCCCUUACAUAGUUUUGAGUGACGUUACCGCGAUCAAGUGCGGGCUUGAAAGUGAAGGCAGGAAAUAAAGCGCGCGUCCUGCGCCGCGCGCAACAGGGAAGUGAGUCAGUGAAGUCAGUCUGCUCGGUGAGAGACUGUCGGUGCGCGCCCCGCUGCACCUCUCCAAGUUCACUUUCCUCGACUGUUCGGAGCUCGAGCGGCUCUCCGGGUUCUCCGUCAGCGCCGCUCCGGGUGAUGGAGGCAGGGAGACCCCGGUAGGACGGUCGGACCGGCGGCUUUUAGAGGACGAGGAGGCGCGCGCAGCGCGGCGGCCCUGCAUGUUUUGACGUCUGUUGUCAACGGAAAAGCAUAGUUGUGAGUGUCCCUGCCCGACCAUGGCCCAGUGGCUCCACAUGACCCGGAUCCUGCAGUGUCUGUCUCACGAGACAGUGAGCAGCCUCUACCAUCCAAACACCUUCCCCAUCGAGAUGAGACAUUACAUCGCCGCGUGGAUCGAGAACCAAAGAUGGGAGGACUUUGCAAUGGAAAAGCUGGAGCAGGAGAGUCAGGCCCAGGCUCUUUUGGACCAGACCAUCAGCAUGCUGCAGCUGGUUGCAGAGCAGAACGACAACGUGGUGGACAAGAUGAAGCUGAUCCAGAUCAGCAGGAACAUGGCGAUAUUUCAGCAGCAGCCUCUGCAGUUUGCGGUGAUGGUCCGCGAUAUCCUCAGGAAGGAGAGGGCUCUCAUCAACGCGAGCAACUCCUCCCCGUUCCCGACGGGCAGAGACACGAACACACAGGACGUGGACCACCUGGUCCUGAAGGUCCUGGAGGUCCAGAAGAUCCGGAAAGAGAUGCACCAGCUGCAGGAGGACCUCAACUGGGAGAAGCAGAACUAUGAGAGUCUGCAAGGGUCGUUCCAGCAUAACGGACUGGACGCCGCCAACACCGAAAUCCAGAGGCUGCAGAAGCGGAUCCAGCAGUUGGAGUUUAACGUCAACACCAUGUCCACGCAACGUUUCCAGCUGCUGAAGGAGUGUGUGGACUGCCUGGACCACUGUCAGACGCAGCUCAUCAGCCGGCUGAAGGCCUGGAGGUUGGAGCAGCACAAGUCGGCCAUCGGGCUUCCCUUCGACGAGAACCUCAACCCGCUGCAGACCUGGUGUGAGCAGCUGCUCGGCAUGAAUGGAAACCUGAGACAGGAGCUGAUGCUGAUCGGCGAGCGGAUCUUGGACCUCCAGGAGCGACUGGAGCACCUCAUGCAGACUCUGAUAGAAAGCGCUCUCAUUGUGGACAAGCAGCCCCCUCAGGUCAUCAAGACUCAGUCCAAGUUCUCCACGACGGUGCGCUACCUGCUGGGGGAGAAGGUGGCUCCGGGGAAGCCUGUGGUGCUGAAGGCGCAGAUCGUCAACGAGCUGCAGGCGAGGAACCUGGCCAACGUGACAGGCAGGGAAAGUGUUGCAGAGCUGAUUAAUAAUUCAGCGAUCCUGGAGCACAAUGCAGCCAGUAAGAGCACAUGUGCCACCUUCAGAAACAUGUCCAUCAAGAAGAUAAGGCGAGCGGACAGGAAGGGGACGGAGUCUGUGACGGAGGAGAAGUUUGCUCUGCUAUUCUCGGCUGAGAUCACCAUCACGGGCUGCGACACCCCGUACAAGAUUCAGAUGAUCUCUCAGCCGCUGGUCGUCAUCGUUCACGGCUGUCAGGACAAUAACGCCCUGGCCACCAUCAUCUGGGACUCUGCUUUUUCUGAGCCGGACCGAGUGCCCUUCGUGGUGCCCGAGCGCGUGCCUUGGAGGAUGAUGUACAACACUCUGAACUGUAAGUUCAUCUCGGAGGUGCAGACGCAACACAACCUGGAUCAGUUCAACCAGCACUUCUUGGCCCAGAAGAUAUUUAACAAGCCAGACUUCGCUGAUGAUUUCAGCAACAUGAUGGUUUCCUGGAGUCAGUUUAAUAAGGAGGUCCUCCCAGGUCGGACGUUCACCUUCUGGCAGUGGUUUGAAGGCGUGAUGGAGCUGACCAAGAAGCACCUGAGGACCUACUGGAGCGAAGGGCUGAUAUUUGGCUUCAUUGGAAAGCAGCAUCUCCACCUCAUCCUCAAAGAUCGACCCAACGGGACCUUCAUGCUCCGCUUCAGUGACUCAGAGAUCGGAGGCAUCACUAUUGCUUAUGUCUCCGCCACAGAAAACGGGGGACAGAAAAUUCAAAACAUCCAGCCGUUCACCAAGAGGGACCUCGACAUCCGUAGCCUCGGCGAUCGCAUCCGUGACAUCAACGAAAUCACCUACCUGUAUCCCGACUUGCCCAAACAUGAUGUGUUCAAGAAGUUCUACUCGGAGCCUCCAGCUCCCUCUGGUGGAGGCUACAUCCCCGUGUCUCUCCAGACCAAAGUUGGCAUGGAUGCGGCGCCUCCGGCUCUCUGUUUGACUCCUUUGGCUGAAAACUCUCUUGGUGGCUUCCCGAUGGACGCCUCGCAGAAUUCAAAUAUGACGCCGCUCCCCGGGAGUCCUCACAGUAGCUUCAUUGUGGACUCCACCCACUCUCCCGUCGCCGCCUCCACCAUGACGUCUCUCGACAGCGCUCACGCUGGCUUCCCUGGCUCUCCGUUCCAGCAGCAGUUCAACACACAACACAUUACUGAAGAGAUCCUGAAGAAUACGAGUCCCACUCUGGACUUCAAUGAAGACAUUUCUGCAGGUGAAAUGGAAAUAGUUAUUGGCUCCAUUCUGGAGAAUCUGAAACCGUAGAAAGACUUCCUGAAACCGGCUUGUGGAGCAGGAAGGGAGAUCUAAGAGACUGGAGGAGCUGAACUCAUCCAUCUUACUUUCAUGUGAACCAACAAGGUGUUUUUAGUGCUGAAUUCCUUCCUGUUUUCAACAUCUGUGCGAAUGAGAACCUGCUGGAGGCUGAUGGAUUUCUGUUUGACUCGACACGUUGAGCUGGAGAUCAACAAGGACUGAAAGGACAAAAGAAGCCGCCUCCUGCGCCUCGUCGCCACAGCUUUUUCAAAAAGUCUUACCUGUGCUUGUUGUGUAUAUUUGCUGGCGCAACUUUUCCAGGAUGUUUCUCGAUUCAUUACAGAAAACACAACACAGUGCCCAACAGGACAACUGCAUCGCUUGCUGCAUAAACGGGCAUCCUUUUCAGUGCAAACGUGAACAAAAAUGAAGCGUUUUCACUUGAAACGUCGUGUGAACUGAGCCUCAGCGUCAGGAAAUGACACACUAACAGAAACAUAACUAUGCAGAUCAGAGGAACAUCAUUAUGUAUGCAUGCUUUCAUGUCUGUGAACACAGAAAACAGGCAGGUACCAGCUGGUUUGUGGCAGAAAACAAGAUGUUCUUCUACUUUGUGAAGCAGUGUGGCUUAAUUUUUGGAAACCCAGACUGUGUAACGCCUGCGUCGGUCCAUGGCACGCAAACGCAGUCAUUUCACAAAAACACUUCGGAAAUGGUGACGUGACUUCGUUUCACCAGCUGCCCGGUCUUUUCGGCCUGCCGACUUUCUUCCAGCUUGAAGGAGAAACAUGGACAUCCUUUGUAUUUUUGGUGGAAAUUGCCAUAUUUUAAGAUAGUUUGUGGCUUUAGCUUCGUUUUGAUAACAACUGUCCACUUCAUCUUCAUUGUAUCCUCAGUUUAUGUAUGCGAUCCAUAGUUUAUUCAUUUUGACAUUCUUUCAUCUUUAUCAACAAAACUAGCAAUGCUACGAUUGACUCGUUGCUGUGGGGCUUGCUGCGGACGCUACGAAGGAAGGUGAUUUCACGUCACAAGCUGAUUGAGGUUUUUUUUUUUUUUUUUUUUUACCGACCGAGUUGUUGCUCUUAAACUAAUUACAUUUGCUCACGAAUACACCUCUCUGCAUUAAAUAACAGCUUCUGUUUGACUUUCAUAAACAUUACUAAAGCUUUUCCAAAUAAAUGAGAAUGAUCAAAGCGUUUUAGCCUCAAUAUAAACUGUAACGAUCAUAAUUUAACUCAAAAAAUUAAUACCAUCUUUUAAAGGAGGCAAACUCCCAUAUGACACAUUCAUUUCUGAUUAUUUUGUCGUUUUCGAUUAUACUGAUAGUUUUUUGGUAUGUCUUUGUCUUUAAUUUUAUACAUUUUUUUCCAUCUUAUUCAGAUGUGUAUAUUCAUACUUUUUACUAUUAAAUUCUUCUGGGAUAAAUCAAUCAAUAAAUCAGUCUGUCUCUACGUAUGUAUGUAUUGUAUUACAUUGAGAUCAUACCUUUUUAAAUGUUUUUAUUGUCUUUUUUUAAGAUUAUGAAGUAUUGACAUAACAGCAACAACAAAAAUGGGUGGUAAACCAACAAAAUAUUAAAAAACAAAAAAGGAAAAGGACAGCAGGCCUUACAAUUAUGUUAAGAGUUUAUACCAUUUGGGUUGAAUAAUUUGCGUGUGUUUGUUUAAGAUUAGUGUCAGUCACUCCUUUAAAGGAGCUCCAAAAAUUCACUGAACCAUUUGAGGCCUCGCUGAGACGUGAAGCCUGCUGUGACCUUUGGCCUCAGUUGUUCUUUUGCUCUCAUUUGGCCUCUACAGUACAAACAGACCUGAAACUUGAACUGUGAGGCCUCUGGAAAUUAUAAAAUCAGAAUCUUUUCACAAACCCCUCCAAACAGGAAGUAGCCAUGUCAGUGCUUCACAGGUAUUUUGGUGAAAUGACUACAUUUGUGUGCCGUGGACUGGCAGAGGACUUUCACAGAUUGGAGUGUGACGAUGUGUUGGUUUGAGACUCUGGAAUACAAAUCUGGCUUCAAGUUAAAUUAAAAAAUAUACACAGUAAGGGGUUAUUAAACGUAAUUCUAAGUUUAAACGUUUAAAGGAGCAGGAUAAAAAUGGCGUCUCAUCAGACUGAGGAGAGAGGUAACUUGGCCAAAACAGAAAUUACAUCAAAUAUGGCUUCACAGAAGCAAAGGACGAAGUCAGAGCUGAUGAAAACUAAAGAAAACAACAUUUAAAUCUAUCCAAGCUGAAGCGACUCCAGUCCACCAAACACCCCGAGACGGAGUGUGAACUUCCAAGAGUUGAUCCUCAGAGAAGAGAAACUGAAUUCCACUUGUAUUGUUUGUUUUUAAUGGUACAGGGUGUGGUGGGGGGUGAAGGCACCGAUGGGAAAUAUUUGGAAAAAGGUUGGGAUCUACUGCUGGGAAGAAUAUUAUUCUUCUGAAGCGCCAAAUCUUUCAACCUAUUUUUUUUGUUUUUUGUUUUGAGGAUUGCUUUAAGGUAUUUGUUUGUCAGGAUUGAUGAUGUUAAGUAUAUGAAGCUUUCCGAAAAGCCUCCACAUCUGUCACCUGUCCACAAGCCCUGCAUGUUUGCAUGGCUCAUCUUCUCCAACUCUCGUGCCUGUAUGUAUUUUUAAUAUUCAAUCAUUUAUUGUUUUUUUUUUUGUUUUUUUAUCUUGACAUAUGUGUAAAACUGCUUGCAGAGUAUUUUUUUUUUUACUUUAAGUGAGCUAAAUUCCCAUGUAAUUUGUGAAAAUGAAUUUGAUGUGAGAAAUGUUGCAGAUAUUGUAAGAUUUGCUGCUUGUGCACAUACAUGCCUUUGUCGUCCUGCGUGGGACGCCUUAAUUAAUCUUAUCGAAAAGAAAGGACCAAAAAAAAAGAAAUUGG